AUGGAGCCCAACAGCCCCAAAAAAAUACAGUUUGCUGUGCCCCUGUUUCAGAGUCAAAUAGAUCCUGAGGCAGCUGAGCAGAUCAGGAAAAGAAGGCCUACGCCGGCAUCCCUUGUCAUCAUGAAUGAACACAUGCCUCCAGAAAAAGAUGAGAAGAGAACAAACAUCUCACAGGCAGAGACCGCGUCCCCCAAGCAGAGGAAGCAGAGCGUCUUCACCCCACCUGCCCUCAAAGGUACAGUCCAGGUCCUGCCUCUGACCCUUGCGCCGUGGCUUGGUGCCUUCUCUCUCAGAUGA